AUGCCUCGCUCCAUGGCCCCUCCCCCAUCCGGCGAGUUUCUCGUUCGUCUGGCCGCUCCCUUCAACGGCACCGCCACUAAGACCAUCGAUAUCACUGGCGAGCCCAACCGUUCUGCCAACAUCAAGCAGACUCACCACCACGGAAACACUAUUGAGGAGAAGGUCGGCACCAUGGCCUCCGACGACGUCCAAGAAUUGAUGCGCCUCAUCUCUCAGCUCCGUGGUUUCCCCUCGCACGAGACCAAGGACGUCUACGGCCUUGACCAGGUCCUUGAACUUCACACCCUCGAGAUCAACUGGUGCAACCAGGAGAGCGACCCUGCUGCCAACGAGCUCGCAGAUAUCUCUUCCGAGACCAAGCAGACCUUCAAGGACGUCGUUGACAGCAUCUCUGCUGCUGCUCGUCAGUUCGCCAAGGCUGACAACCCUCUCUAA